AUGUCUAUCAUGGAUUAUAACGGAGGUACUAUCGUCGCUAUGACCGGCGAUGAAUGUGUCUGCAUCGGUACUGAUUUACGGUUGGGAGAACAAAUGACGACCAUUGCCACCAAUGUGAAGAAGGUAGGUUUUUGGGAAUUUUAAUUAGCUUGUUUGGGGAAACUAUUACUUUAAUUAUUUUUUUAGUAAAAAUUUUAAUUGUUUUUUUUUAAUUUUAGAUCCACAAAGUGUCAGACAAGGUGUACGUCGGCCUUCCCGGCUUCGCAUCGGAUGCCCAAACCGUCUUGAACAAGAUCGAAUUUCAAAAAGGUCUCUACGAACUGCGUGAGAAGCGCAAACUUCGUCCUGAAGUCGUGGCCACCAUGGUUUCGAACUUGUUAUACAAAACACGGUUCGGUGGCUACAUCACGACCCCAUUGGUGGCUGGUCUUGACCCCAACACUCACAAACCAUACGUAUGUGGUAUGGACACGAUCGGAUGCAUCGGGAACCCAAAAGACUUUGUCGCCGUUGGAUGUGGUGCUGAGUAUUGUUUGGGAGUCUGUGAAGGUGAGUAUUGAUGGGAUUUUAUAUUGUUAUAGGCUUUUUGAAGGAUUUUGGUAUAUAUUAUGGUGGGGGAGGUUGGUAUCGUUGAACUUGUAUAAAAGGAUUUUUAGAAACAUAAAACUUUAUCUCUAGGCUUCUGGAGAGAAAACAUGGGCCCAGACGAGUUAUUCGAAGCCACAGCUCAAUCGCUGUUGUCCGCAUUGGAACGUGACGCUUCCUCUGGUUGGGGAGCUCUGAUCUACACCAUCACCAAGGAUAAAGUGAACGUCAAGAGUAUCCGCGGUCGCAUGGACUAA